AACCAGAUACAUCAUCCACAAACCAAACUAAUACGGAAGAAAUUACAUUACAGAACGGAAAAUUUAUAAGAAAUUGUCAAAUACCCUCUGAUCUUUUAAGGAAUUGUAGAGACAUAGAACAAGAUGAAUUUAAAUUCAUGAGAUAUACUGCCUGCACAAGUAAUCCGGACGAUUUUAUGGACAAUGGCUUUACACUUCGCCAAGCUGAAUAUCAUAGGGAAACUGAGUUGUUUAUCGUUGUUACUAUGUAUGAUGAAGAUGUAGAUGAAUUGGCUCGAACUUUUCACGGGAUUGCAGAAAAUAUUGCAUCUCUUUGCGCUAGAGGAAGCACUUAUUUAACAGUUCUUGGUGUUUAUCAAGAAGGAAUUGCAAUCAAAAGUAUAGAUGAUGUUAAAGUUAAAGCUCAUAUAUUCGAGUAUACAACUCAAAUUUCAAUUAAUCAAGAUCUAAACAUGAAGACGGCUGAUGAAAGAAUUGUUCCAAUCCAAGUACUCUUUUGCCAUAAAGAAAAGAAUGCAAAAAAAAUUAAUUCUCAUCGAUGGUUUUUUAAUGCCUUUAGUCCAAUUCUCCAACCUAAAAUAUGUAUUCUUAUUGAUACUCAUCUUAAUGUUGCGGGGAUUUGUGGUGAAAUAGUUGCUAUGACGAGUUGGUCCAAAUUACUAAAUCCGAUUGUGGCUGCUCAAUACUUUGAAUAUAAAAUGUCAAAUAUUUUGGAUAAACCACUUGAAUCCGUUUUUGGUUACAUUACCGUUUUACCUGGUGCCUUUUCUGCUUAUCGAUAUAUCGCACUUCAAAAUGAGAAAGUUGAUGGAAAGCUUGAAGGUCCCCUUGCCUCUUAUUUCAUGGGUGAAAAAGAUGAUAAUGACGAAAGUAAUAAAGAUGGUAAUGAUGAAAGAAGGAAUGAAGAAAUCAUCAAUAAUGAAAAGUCUACAAAUAACAUCUUCACAGCCAAUAUGUAUCUUGCCGAAGAUCGUAUUCUUACUUUUGAAUUGGUUACAAAACGUGAUUCGGAAUGGUUGUUACAUUAUGUUAAAUCUUCUCAAGCUGAAACGGACAUACCAAAAAGUAUAGAUAAAUUAAUUUCCCAACGUAGACAGGCAGAUGAUGAUAAUGAAUUGAAACAAGUAACUACACAUGGAAAUGAUUCCUUACAAUUCACUCCCAUAGAUACUGCUGACGGAUAUGAAAAGGCCAAGAAUGCUUUAGGUCAUCGUAAAGAAAAUAAA